CUCGUUGGUUGCUUAAUUGUAAUUGUCCGUCCAUUUAAAUAUGUGUGGUUCUCUAGUUCAUUGGUUGGCUUGUCACAGUGUUUGAGUAAAGUUUUUCACAAAUUCCACAAUCGCAUUUAGUAGCAAUUUUGCUGAGCGCUGUUGAAGCGGUUUUGUGACGGCGCUUUGUAUGUUUGAUAACACAUACCGCGAAAAUGAGAUUUUAUUAUUUUUGCUAUAACAAAUAACUAAUUUUACAAAUACAAAGAACAAAACUUAAGAUUUUAUACAAAAUAAAACCCAAGAAAGUGAAAAAUAAAAAUACACCGUCAGUUUGCGAAUCGCAAGAGCUAAUUUAGAACAAACAAAUAAAAACCUGUAUCAAAAAAUAACUGCAACUCUUAGUACGGUACGCCCACUAGAGAUUAAUUAAAAUUCAUAAUUGUCCGUGCCGGAAAUACUUUACAGAUUGUAUGUAAAAGUACAAACAAAAUGAAAUUGUUAUUGAAAGUAAAUUCAGAAAAGGCUCGCAAACGAUUUGGCAUCCCAGCGAAUUUGCAAACCUCAUCAGCGAAUGCAACGGCUGUCGCAAUAAAACGAAUCAAUCAAAACCGCACUACUGAAAAUACUUCCAUUUUACAAAAACUAUCAACGUCUUCCAAACUUUUAAUAUUGCUCAUUGUUGUGGUAGUAAUUGUAGCUGGAGUAAUUAUUUACAUUGAGAUAGAACAAAACAAUAGAAAGCCAGAUCCCGGACCCAUACUGUUCGGCAAUAGCUAUGAGCAUGGCACGUUUCCGAAUUUAGGAAAUGGACAUCUGGUGAUCGAUCGCGAUCAAUGGGGCGCCUCGGAGUUGGCUAAAAAUUUGAAAAUACCACUUAAACAUCCAAUACCAUAUGUACUCAUCACACACAUAGGCGUCCAGUCGAAACCAUGUGAAAAUGUAUACAGAUGCUCGAUUAAAAUGCGUACAAUACAAGACUCAGCAAUUGCGGAAAAAAAUCUACCCGACAUACAGGCGAAUUUUUAUGUCGGUGAUGAUGGCAAUAUUUACGUGGGACGUGGUUGGGACUAUGCAAAUACGUAUGCAAAUGACACCUUGGCUGUAACAUUUAUGGGCGAUUACGGACGUUAUGAACCAAACGAGAAGCAAUUGGAAGCGGCCCAAUAUCUUUUGGCACAUGCUGUUACCAAUAAAUAUAUUGACUUGGCCUAUAAAUUGGUGGCGCAAAAUCAGACCAAAGUCACAAAAAGUCCUGGCGCCAAUGUAUAUCGGCACAUUAAGACGUGGUAUCACUUUUAUCCUUGUGGUAUGGACGAUCAUCCGAGGUGCGGCGUAGAAUUGGGUUUGCCAGAUGUUUGGGAUGGCAAAAUGUAGCAACAUUUAUAUGACAAUUAUCUUAUUUACAUAGUAUUUAUGUAGAUAUAUAUGUAUAUGAGUAAGCAAUUAGAGAUACAUAAAUUUAAGUAAACAAAUAGAUUUAAUAUCGUUUUUUGGUUGUGAAAUAUUUUCCUUUAAAAAUUUUAUUACUUGUUAUAUGUAUGCAAGUACAUAUGUAUGCAUGAAGAUAUACAUACUUUUUAUAUAUGCCCCUUAUUCUUUAGCACGCACACAAACGCAUACAUACAUAUAUACACAUCUUUUUAUGUACAAAAAUUAUUUUGAAACACUGUAUCUGCUACAUACAUACAUAUAAGCCAAUUAAGAAGUCACUGUUGAAUUAAAUAUAAUAUUCUAAUUCGUUUAAAAGAUCUUAAAUUUGUAGCUGCAUAAAUAAAUAAAUGACUGACGAAGA